AAUAUUAAUUUGUUUUGUUUUUGUUUUUAAUAUUGCAAGCUGUUGGCAACCCUAGAUCAAGUCUGACAGCCAGACUAACGUUGCCUGGGGCAACCUGCAAACGAUUUGGUCAAUAAAGUUGUUUUCCAAGCGCGACAACUGCGCAAUUUACAAAAUGCCGUUACUCGAGGCGCCUGCUGAAAAUGCAGAAUUUUCACCAGAGUCCUCGCUGCAACCAGAGCUGCCUUUGGUACUGGCGCCACUACCAGGACCAGUUGCAAUGGCUCAAAUGCGUAUGCCGCCAGCCGAAUUUCGACAACUGCAGCAGCAGCAACUGCAACAGCAGCAGGAACAGCAGCUGCCACAGCUGCAGCGAAAUAAUCGUCGCAACUUGGCGGCACGCCGAAAUUCCUACGACAGAGAUGUGCCCAUAGCAGAGGAGACCGAACACUUUCCAGCUUUUGUGCAUUUGUUGCCGGUGGUGUUGCCACCACAAGGACCCGAGCCCACAUUGGAUGAGCUGCUGCGACGCGUUACAGAGCGCACAGAUCUGGAGAAUGUGGAGACAGUGCGUCUGCGUGUUAUAUCGUAUACAAUAAGUUUAUCGCGUCUGUCGCUGUUUCUGCCACGACUGCAGCAUUUGGACUUGAGUGGCAGCGUGCUGAGCUCACUGCGUGAUCUGGGCUACGGACUCAUGCAGUUGACACACCUGAACAUCAGCAAUUGUGGGCUGCAAAGCUUUGAUGGCACCAGCGGACUGCCGGCCAUACGCGUGCUCAUAGCAGACAGCAAUAUGAUACAGCGCGUUGGUCCUUUGUCGGAGCUCAGUCAGCUGCAGGUGCUGCAGGCGCGCAAUAAUCGCAUCAGCGAGCUGGGACUGCUGUCCUUUCUGGGCUUGUGUGCGCAGCUGCUGGAGGUGGAGCUGGGCGGCAAUCCGGUGUGUCGUUUGCCACUCUAUCGCGAUACGCUGAGACGCAGUGUGCCCACGCUGCAGCUGCUCGAUGGACAGCCGCUGGAUAAUGAGUUGAAUGUGGAGACGCCGACGCCGCCUGUGGCAAACGUUGACGAGACUGAUGUCUCCAGCGGCUCAGAGACCGCUGCUCGUCCCGCUACAGCGCCGCACAACAACAACAACAACGACUUUAGGCCAGUUGGCCAACGUCCUGCAUCCGCUGUGCUAACGCUGGAUGCAUCAAACUAUCGCCGACAAUCGACUGCUGCUAUUACAGCCACACCUGUUGCUGGCUCUGUUUUGGGCUUGGUGCGUCAGCGUCGUCGUCGCAGCGGACAUGCCUGGGUUAGUUCAUCCAGCGGCUCGUCCGCCAGCUCCUCCGCUGCUUCUACGCGUGCGCCUUCCAUUAGCUCCUCAAACAGCAGUCUGGACAUGCACUCCACUUCCUAUGCCUUCAGUGCACGUAGCACGCUGGAUUAAUAGCAAAAGCCAAGCUUCUACUUUGCUCACACACAAAAGCUACAAGUUUAUUGUGAUUUAUAAUAAUAAAUAUUAUGCUUGUUACUAGGACA